CUGUAGGGGACACUCUAUAUGUUUGUACGUGUCAGGGAUCUCGGUGAGACAAAUUAAGAUUAUUAAGAGAGACGAGGCCUAAAACUGCCUUUCCGCUGAAUCGUGUAUCGUGAGGGUGUCAAGUCUUUUGAAAGGAAACCGAGAAAGCGACUGUUCCACUCCAAUCCGGAGGGUGGCGCUAAUGCAGCGAAAAGACGUUUGUUUUACCACUGUUAAAGAAGAAAGAAGAAGACUGCCCCACUACCAUAGCUACACACUAACCAUACGAUGAGUAACUGUCAGUGAAGUUUUACAGUUGCAGUCGUUACUGGCCGCCAAAUGUGGAGGUUGAACAAAGUUCGUCACAAAGCCGGACAACAAGGCGGCAACUUGGACGAGCUCAGGCUGAAGAGGCGAGAGAACGAGAGAGCACUGAGACAGGCACGCAGAGACAGGCAGCUGGUGAGCAAGCGACUACUGCUAAAUGAAGAUGAGGAGCAGCCGGACGUUAGCAUGGACACAGCCCCAGGAGGACAUGACAUUGUUAGUCUGCUCCACAAACUUCAACACAGCGGGACAGAGAAGGAGGCACACCUGAAGGCCUUGAGUAAAGUUCUGCGCGACCCAUCUGCACAGCUCACCUUUAUCAAGCACGAGAACAGUAUGCAUCUGCUGGUCGGCCUCCUCACUGGCUCUAAUGCUCAGUGCCGCCUGCAGGCCGUUCGGUGUCUUCACGAGCUCUCUCACUCUUCCCACACUAAUGUGGCUCCAGCCUGUCUGCCUGCUACCCCUUACCUGCUCACUUACCUGUCUGGCCCAAGCACUAAGUUUACAGAGCUGUGUCUCUACACACUUGGUAACAUGUGUCCAGACAGCGAUGUGGUAAGAGAGAAGCUCCUGGCUCAGGGAAUCAUUCCCGCUCUGGCCAGCUGUAUAGAGAACCAACGGCACACACUUGCAGUAGUGGAAGCUGCAGCGUUCACCCUCUCUCAGCUUCUCCAGGCCAGAGACGCACCUGAGAAGAUAAUCCCGAUAGUCCUGAAGUCUACCUUGCCUUCACACCUGUUAUCCGUCCUUACCCCCGACCCACAGUUCGGCCUGGCUCCUGCCAUAGAGUGUGCAUGGUGUCUCCAUUACCUCAUAUGCAGCACAGAUGAUAACAAAGAGCUGCUGGCUCAGGGUGCCCUGUCACAGUGCAGCUCCUUGUUAGUGUCACUAGGUGGUGCUGUCACCGAGGGAAACAAAGAAGAUGGGAUUGAGCUGCUCAUCUGGCCUCUGUUGAGGUGUGUGGGAAACAUCUUGUCCUCCUGCCCGGAGGAAGACCUGAAUGCUCAACUGACUGAUGCUCAUCUGCCAGCUUCUCUGUGUGCACUUGUUCAAGCCUACCUGCACACCCUGCCAGCCUUGGCCAGAGAGACCGUCUGGGUCCUCAACAACCUCACAGCUCACUCCACUGAAUUCUGCUCCGCUCUCUUGACUCUAAACUUGGUCCCAGGAUUGAUCCAACUUCUCCCAUUUUCUCAAGGCAUUAAUACUAUGAUUCUCAGGAUUCUGGCUAAUAUUGCCCACAAGAAAAAGGAGUUCUGUGUGCAGCUCAUGCAGCUUGGUUUACUGUCUGCACUCUGUGCCACGCUUAAAAUGGCUGAUCAGGAAAUGGUGAUUCAGAGCCUGGACAUCCUGUUCAUGAUGACUGUCAGCAGUCCAGUGGUGGCAGAGGAGUUUGUCAGGCAAGAUGGGCUUUCACUGUUGGAGGUCCUUCAGUACAAUGGUGCAGCAGAGAUGAGACAAAGGUCGACGUACCUCCUGGAGAAGCACUUGUUGUCCUACCAACAGCAUAUAACAGUGGACAAUAUGCCGGAUCCUUGAAUCAACAACAAGACUUGUUGUGUUAGGAGGGCCCAGCUGAGGAUAACAACAUGUUUACAUUUUGAUAUGAUAGAUAUCAAACUUGUUUGUGUAUUUGAAGUAAUUAGUGAUAAAACUGCUGUCUUGUAUGUUUUUACUCAUGAAAUUUUAAUCUAUGCAAAUAUUAAAUAUUUUUAUAAUACUUGUACUGGUGAAGUACUUUUGCAUAAAACUGUAUUUAUAUUCAGAUAUGGCUUGACAUAUUUCGAGAUGUUAAGAUACUGAAGGUGGAACAUAUAACAUUAGAAACAUAAUGUGUCUUUAUCAACAAGACCUUGUCAUCAUGCCUGUGUAACGAUUAAAUAAUUAUGACAUAAUAAAACUCUUCCUUACAACAAAUAUGACUGCUGCUUUUUUUGGAGUAUUUGCUGUUUGGUUUGAUUUUUAUUAAGAAACAUUUAGUUACAUUUAAUCACAAAAAAUCUUGGGACUUUUACAUGUGAUGCUGAUGAUUAGUGAGGGCAGCACAGACCGACCCAAAGUGGUGGCACUGCUAUAUGUAUGUAUGUUAAAAACAAAUAAUCAGAAGUUGAUCAUUGUGAUUGCUUCAAACUGCUGUUUAAAGCUGAAACUUGUAGAGAUGAUAAAUAUGCCCAAUUAGAAAGUAAUUUCAAUAAUGAUAAAAAAAAAGAAAACAUUAAUGCAAUCUGAAUCCGUAAUGUAAAUAAUUUUUAAAAAAGCCUCACUUAAAGACUUUAAGUAGGUAAAGUUGUUGUUUUUUUAUGUACACCUGCUUACACUUAUAACACAGUGUGCACAGACCUCAUGGAGAUUUCACUGACCACACUGUGGAACAGUUUCAGCCUGUAACUUCCAAUCAAAGUCUUUGGCUCCUCCCCUUAAUGAAAAAAAACUGUCUCUUUCUCUUUCUACCCACAAUAAUCCCUUCCCGUUAUCUUUCACGCUGGUUUUGCUGCAUGAAAAUCCAAGACGAGAUAUUCUGCCCCCAACAAUCUGUGCUGCUGUGGGGAAGCAUCCAGUUCAAUUAAGUCUUUUUGACCCACAGCCAAGCACUGUGUGUAGUUUCCUGAAAAUGGAGGGAACUCAGACAACGACUAGAGAGGAGGGGCCAACAGAAAGAAAUGGGGAUCAGGGGACUAGCAGCAAUGUGCCGAUGUCCAGCAAACCUCUGCAUCGCUUUGUCCGAAAGGAGCCCAGAAGUCUUGGGAUUGUCAUUCUGAUGUUUGGCUGUGCUGAGUUGUUAAUGGGAUUUCAGUUCUCCAAUGAAGAGUUCAAAAUCUCUGCUCAACUCUACAUUCCCUUUUGGCAGGGAGCUCUGUUUCUUACCUGUGGAAUCCUGUCAGUCUACACUGAGUUGCAUCCGUCCAAGAAGAUGGUGACUGUGUGCUUGGCCCUGUAUGUGGUUUCCAUCUUUGGAAUCGUAAUCUCUUUCAUAUACAGGAUUAUCCAGGUCAUCGCUUAUCCCUACUUUUUUUUUUGGCGAUUUCGUUUGAGCGAUGCAAGUGUGAUGCUGCUGAUAAGUAUCGAAGCCAUUUUACUGACCUCCACUAUUUGCGUGUUAGUGAUUCUCAUUUUUCUAACCACUGUCGCAGGUUUCGCACUGAAAUCCACACGCACUCAGGUCAUCAUCCAGCAAAUUCCACCACCGAGGACUGAAACGCCAUCGGACUGAGGACAUCUUUUUUAAAGCAUUAUUAAACAUUACACGACCUUACUAAAACACACUUGUUGGUCUCUUGUGACACUUGUUCUUGAACUAAAAUCAUUUAUGUCAUCACUGUGAGGAAAAACUAUCUUAGAAGAACUUUUUCAGGAAGGCAAUAACGAUUAAUCUGUCUGGCAACCCUUGUGUUUCCCUGCUGCACGUCUGCAAAUCUCUUCUCAUCGACUGAAUGUGUUGACCUCGGCCAGAUGUCAUACAUUGGACAACAUCUGGGCUACGCAACAUUUGUUUGUGACAAGUGUCAAAAUUCAGUCCAACCAUAAAAGUUUUGAUUUGUUUUAAAACAUACUUGUUAGAAAUUCCUUUUUUAUUGUUAAUAUCUGAAAAUUUUCUUUCCUCAUCAGACCUUUAGUCAUUUGGAAGCCAUGUAGAAAAUCUGUUAUGCGUGUCAUCUUUUCAGAGACAUCCAAACUUUUCCAUCUAAUUGUAUCUGCAUUAUUAUUAGUGUCUUAUUAGUAGUGUUUGACUGUCAUUAAACAGUGCUUUGUACUCUGUACUGAAUGUUUAACUGAAGACAUUUUACAAUAUGACAUGUUGUAACUGGAUGAGUAAACUAUUAGCUUUGACCUCUGGUUACAGAGGGAGCAGGUACGGCACUGUGAUCUAAGAAGCCUCGGUAUAAACUCUGUUUUUCCUGUUUGCGUAAAAUCUUUUUAUAUUUUGUGCAGUAAUUGUGUACUGAUUUAAACAUAAACUUUUGUUAAGCCAAUAUAAAUAUUCUCAUUUCAUUAUGUUAAUCUUUGCGUAGAUUAGAGCUGUACAAACUCUGUUUUUGCCUUAUAAAUGAUAUUUUCAUGUGAGUUUGUACAUUUCAAUAAAUUGCUGCUUCUCUCUCAUUUUCCUACCAAAA